AUGAGUGAGAAGCUGUUCAGAUUGGACGCUGGUUUUCAGCAAUACGACUGGGGGAAGAUUGGGUCCUCGUCUGCAGUCGCACAAUUCGCGUCGCAUUCAGACCCUAGUCUAAAAAUCGAAGAAGAUAAACCAUACGCAGAACUCUGGAUGGGAACACAUCACAAAGUUCCUUCCUUCAAUCAUGAAACUAAGCAAAGCCUACGUGACUUGAUUGCAGCCAAUCCUGCUAAGAUGCUUGGCCAAGGCAUAGUUAAUGAGUUCCACUCCACUACAGAAUUGCCGUUUUUGUUCAAAGUCUUGUCUAUUGAGAAAGUCCUCUCUAUUCAAGCGCAUCCGGACAAGACUCUUGGAAAGAGGUUGCAUUUGGAAGAUCCCAAGAACUACCCAGAUGAUAAUCACAAACCUGAAAUGGCAAUCGCUGUAACAGACUUUGAAGGUUUCUGCGGUUUCAAACCGUUAGAAGAGAUUGCAGAUGAACUUCAACGUAUUCCAGAAUUGAGAAACAUCGUGGGUGAGACGGUAUCUCAAGAAUUCAUCAAUGGUAUCAAUUCAAACGCAGUAGAGGGUUCUAAGGAGGACGUCACAAACAGGGAAUUGUUGCAAUCGGUCUUCGGAAAAGUUAUGAAUGCACCAGCUGAAUCAAUUAUAAAAAAUGCACGUGCACUUAUCGAGAGAGCCAAAAACAGCCCUUCUGACUUCAAUAAGAAGGAAUUGCCAGAACUAUUGAUCAGAUUGAAUGAGCAAUUCCCGGAUGAUAUUGGUUUGUUCUGCGGGGGUUUAUUAUUAAAUCAUUGUUCUUUGAAGUCAGGUGAAGCAAUCUUUUUGAGGGCCAAAGACCCCCAUGCCUAUAUCAGUGGUGACAUUAUCGAAUGUAUGGCUGCCUCUGAUAAUGUUGUGAGAGCAGGAUUCACGCCAAAAUUCAAGGAUGUGAAGAACCUUGUUGAAAUGUUAACUUACAGUUAUAACUCAGUUGAAGAACAAAAGAUGAAACCCCAAACUUUUGAAAAGUCCUCUGGUGCUGGUAAAUCCAUCUUAUACAAUCCGCCCAUCGAUGAGUUUGCCGUCGUCGAAACUACUUUCCCUACUGGAAUCGGUACAAGACAUUUUGAAGGACUCGAUGGCCCCAGCAUUGUAAUUGUUACAAGAGGUAAUGGCUUUGUUCAGUCUGGGGAUGUCAAAUUGAAGGCAGAGCCAGGAUUUGUGUUUUUCAUCGCGCCAGAGACAGAGGUGGAAUUUAUUGCAACUAACACUGAUUUCACUACUUACAGAGCUUUUGUUGAGCCAAACUAG